CUUUGCUAUUUUUUUGUAUGUAUUUUCUUUUAAUUGUGCAAACAAAUAAACAUAAACAUAAACAUAAACAUAAACACACCUUUGAGCACAUGAGGCAUAUACACUUGACUUCCCAUGUGGACAUAUAGCACAUUCUGUAUAAUUUCUUGUUUUCUUGUUUAUGUUAGUGCCAUUUCACAUGAUGGGACCCAGUCCAAAUGCAUUUCUAAAUAAGAAAAAAGUGCAUUGCAUGCGGGGACUCGACUGGAAAUAAUUUCUCCUUGCUGAUAGGUUGUUGAGCUGCACCAGCCCUCACUUGCGCAUGGAUUGGCCUACUGCUCUUUUUUUUCUCCACUUUCUCAUUGGCUUUUGGCACUGAUAGUUCCCUGCCAUCAUUUGCGCGUGCAGUUUUCAAUGAAUAUUGUAUGUAGGCUCUCAGCUUUGGGUGCUCAUCAUUUGAAUCAGCGCGUCGAGCCGGAGGAGGAAGGCACCCUGGAUGAGCAGAGCACCAGAUGAUGGAAUUUCUCCCGGAGACCGCAGCAGCUGCUCGACCAACACUGUCUCCCCCCUCCUCCGAGAAUAGAUAAGAGAGACAGAAGAGCAGGGGAGAUUGUUAACAGCGAGGGAAAGAUGUUCUGCGCGAAGCUGAAGGAGCUGAAGAUAGCAGGAGAGUGCCCGUUCUCCAGCGGCGCCCAAAAUAAUCAGCUCGGAGACUUUGAGGAGCGCUCAACUGACGCCGCGGAUUUAUUGCCCAUUUCUAAGGACGUACCUGGAAAAGCAGGAGAGGAUCUUUCUCAACAAAAGACCAGCAGAGCCAAAGUUAACCUGCACACACUUGGGGACAGCAUCCGAAAAUUGGCAUGUCCUGAGUUUCAGAGGCUGCAUACUGCCCUCCAACGAAUGAUGAGACUGUCAGAUCACAGCAGGGACUCUGAAAGUCAAAUGCCUUGCUGUACAGAUUAUCAGAGCUGCAAAGAUGACCCAGGUCAUUUGGCUGAAAUGAUGAACGCUUACUCAACCAAAACAGAAAUCCAGAUGGAAGCCGUGAAAGUCGCUCUCGGUGAGGAGCUCUUCAACAUGUGCUACGAGGAAGACGGACACAUUUUGAGGGUGGUGGGGGGUGCUCUUCACGACUUCCUCAACAGCUUCAACGUCUUGUUGAAACAGAGCAGCCCGCCGCCCAACCUGGACAGAGAGCAUUGUGUAAACGAACCUUCAGUCUUGUGCUUAGAUAAGGAUCUGGGUCUGCUUACUGUCUAUUUCUUCAACCCCCGCUCGACCACUGAGCUCUUUUUCCCCGGUGUCAUCAAAGCUGCUGCCCGCCUGCUCUAUAACACCACAGUGGAUGUGUUGAUGGAACCCCCCGCAGCCAAAGACAGCAUCCUGCAGUCCAGCCCGCAGCCCAAUCUUCUGUACACAGUUGUAGUCAAGGAUGCUAAAAACCUGAGCCCUAGUCCUCUGCGGGCGACCUCAGCGGGGACCCUUCCUACCUCUCUGUUCUCCACCAUAUUCCCCUUCCACCUGAUCCUGGACCCAGACAUGAUUCUGGUUCAAAUAGGACACGGGCUUAGGAAGAGACUGAGCAGGAAGGACGGCCUGAGGCGGCCUGCUACCUUCCAAGAACACUUCAUCAUUGUCUCCCCACAGAUCAAAUGUACCUUUCAGAGUAUCCUGACCAUGCUCAACACACAGUUCAUCAUCCGGAUCAAGCAUGGAUGCUCCUCCACAGAUAACACAGGAAAGCUAAUGGACCUCAAAGGUCAAAUGAUCUACGUGCCAGAGUCAAACGCCAUCUUGUUCCUGGGCUCCCCAUGUGUGGACAAGCUGGAGGAGCUGACAGGCCGUGGCCUCUAUCUGUCGGACAUCCCCAUCCAUAACGCACUGCGGGACGUUGUGCUUGUUGGUGAACAGGCCAAAGCACAGGACGGGUUGAAGAAACGUCUAGGGAAGGCCAAGGCAGCACUGGAGCAUGCUCACCAAGCUCUGGAGGAGGAGAAGAAGAAGACGGUGGAUCUCCUCUUCACCAUCUUCCCCGGCACUGUGGCGCAGCAGCUGUGGCAGGGCCAAACUGUACAGGCCAAGAAGUUUGAACGAGUUACGAUGCUCUUCUCUGACAUUGUGGGCUUUACGUCUGUGUGCUCACGCUGCACUCCGAUGCAAGUGAUCACCAUGCUAAAUGAGCUGUACACCCGGUUUGACCACCACUGUGGAGAGCUUGAUGUUUACAAGGAUGAAGAGCAUGUCGGAUUGCAAAGGAAUUCUGAUGGAUAUCCUCUUCACAUUUGUAAUUUAACUCAAGGGGUGGAGACGAUCGGUGACGCUUACUGUGUUGCUGGAGGUUUACACAGGGAGAGUGAGACGCAUGCUGUCCAGAUUGCCCUCAUGGCCUUAAAGAUGAUGGAGGUUUCAGACGAUGUUAUGACCCCAACAGGAGAACAAAUACAGAUGCGUAUUGGCCUCCACACCGGUUCAGUCCUGGCUGGUGUAGUUGGGGUGAAGAUGCCACGCUACUGCCUUUUUGGAAACAAUGUCACACUGGCCAACAAAUUUGAAUCUGGCAGCCAACCCAGAAAAAUCAACAUCAGCCCGACAACCUACAGACUGCUGAAGGAUCGUCCAGAGUUUGUCUUUGUUCCCAGGAGCAGACAGGAGCUUCCGGCCAACUUCCCGGAGGACAUCCCUGGUGUUUGUUACUUUUUAGAGGCGUCCUUCACAACUUCAGAACCGACUGAAAAAAGUGAAGCCCUUGCAGAGCCACAAAAAUGUUAAAACAUAAAUGUAUCUAGUGAACACAGUGCCAACACCUUGUGUACUUUGGUCUCAGUUGUUUAGAUAUUGAUGAAAUCGUUUAUGUGUCAAACUUUCGCAGCUUUUUGAUUACAGAGAUGUCAGUUUGCUGUAAACUUGAGUGUCUUCUCGGUACAAUAAUCCAUUUAUGCAGAUGUAGCAGAGACAAAAACUCACUUCCUUUACUUUUCUUCCACAAUGAGCCAUCUAGGAUAUCUCAUAUGUAACACAAAGUGUCUAUAUAUAUGCUGUUAAUGGCUAAUUUUGAGACUGUUUUGUUCAUUUCCACAGUUAUAAGCUUUACAAUAUUUAAAACAAGUAGUUAAUGUGGCCCAUUUUUCAAAAAUGUUCUGUAGUGUCUGGUAAGUUAAGAAUUAGAAAAAUAUCAUCUUCUUUCAUAAUGUGGAUAUGAAACAGAAAAACAUUUUGGAUGUUGAUCCUAAAUGUGAUGUGGCUAAAUAUAGUAGCUAAUUUAAUUAUGGUUGUUUUCUGUAAAUAUUUACUUGGCUCAUCCACACCUGUCCAGACAAGGUACCUACUUAAGCACCGUGGCCUGUUGGUACAAUAGGAGGAGUCAAGAUUAAAACUGAGGUUAACAAAUAAUUAAUGCUAAAGUUAAGUUAAUAUGAAAGCUUUAAAGACUAAGCAGACAAACUUAUUGAGCUGAGAUUCAGCCCUGUAUUUGAAUAAUGUAUGUAGAGCAGAUUAAGGUGCCUUAUGGAUACUGUACAGGCGGGAUCAAUAAUGUCAAAAAGUAAUUAUAUGUUUAUUUUUACUGCUUUUUGUUUCUUUGGAUAUGGAUCAAUAUGAAUUUACUUCUUCCAGAGUUCUGUGGUUCCUGCUCAGUAUAUAUUUGUAAUAACAUGUUACUCAAACUUCCAUUUGUUAGACAUGAAGCAUUCCAAGAUUGCAUAUUCCUAUAAUACAAGUGAUACAAAUGUAUUUUUUACUUUUUCCACUGUACACAUGUUUAUAAUAUAUUUAUUACAUUAGUUUUAAUGCACACCUUUGCUAUAAAACAGGAAUACAACACAACAAGAAUCCAAUGAAUGUUCUAUAUUAUCACUCAUAAUGAUGUGUUUGAAUCAUUACUGAAAUG